CUACCAUAUAUUUCACAUACCAUAUCUGCGCAAAUGAGAUGUGUUAUUGUCUAGCAUUUCAACACGGGUAUCCAAAGGGGACAGUGACAGGCUUUAAAACAUCAUGAAAAAAAUAACCUACCGAACAAGCGAUGUGCAGUAUCAAAAAGAGGAACCACGUGCGCUUUCCUAAAGUUUUGCUAGUUAUUAUGUUUUGGUUAAUAAAAGAGUGUAUUUGUGCAAAAAGUUGUGCCCAGUCGUUGAUGACAAAGCAAUAUGUGUCGUCCUGUCCUCAGACUAAGACCGCAUGGGAUGAAGCAGCUGCAAGGAAAAACUGUUCUGCCGUGAAGCAAAGCUGUACAUCGCCAGAUAACUUUGUUUAUCACUGUCUAGCAAACUCGUACCAGAACAAACUAAUUGAAGUUUGCGGUGUUAGAACACCCAUCACUUUUCCUGUGUGUGCUGAGUACAAUGAAGGAGGUAAUCUGGUCCAGGAGAAUCACUUCACGGACUGUAGUGGCUACGAUCCUCCGUGUCCCAAUCGCUAUCCAUCCACGGACGCUUACAAGUAUCCUGAUUGCUACAUAAUAACUCAAGAGGUCACCACAGAAACAACAAAAUCGAAAACAACAACAACAACAACAGCAACAACAAACAUAAAUCAAUCAACAAAAGUUGUCAUGACUACCAAAAAGUUAUCAGAACAAGACCAUACUAUGAGUUUGCAUACAGACAGUCCAAUGCCUCCUUUUGACAUGUACUUGCCAUACUCACAACUGUUUUUGUCGGGCAUUGUUGCUGCAGGAAUAGUUAUCCCAUUUAUGUCGAUCGUCAUUGUAGUGUUAAUUUGUUCACGACGAAACAUGAAACCAGGUGAUGACACCUCAGAGACACAACAAGGUAAACAGGAAACAGACAUGAAGAAGAGGGGAAAAAAUGGCACUUCAGUUUUGGAUCACACGCCAUUAGAUUUUCAUUUUUAUUUAUUAAUUUGUUACUGUUAUUUAUUUAUGAAUUUAUUAAUUUAUUUAUUAUCAUAAAGCGUUGACACGACGACGUAAAAAAAAAAAUCACACGGUGCUAUACUGUAGUUCAUGUAUUAUACACUGUAGGAUGUCUGUUAAAGAGACAGUACGGCGCAUCUUAUUAAAAACCGACUUGAAAAAAUUUUCUGAUCGGGUUCGGUAUUUUUGUACUACUCAUGGAUGUAUAAACUUUCAGAAAAUUACAAAGUUCUCCAUGCAAUAAAUCUAAUUAUUUCAUUAAAAUUAAUAAUUACGUAUAACCUAUCACAUAAAUACAUCGCAACGUGUUCGGGGUUCAGCCUUCUAUACUAUUACGCAUGCGUAUUUACUGUAAACAAAACACAUGCAGGGCUCGCGAAGAAUCUCCUGGACAGGUUUGUUGAUAAAAAUAUGUCUUUUCUACUUCUCCUAGGUAAUAACUGUUCAAAGUUUUUAAAAUAUCCACAAUUAUUAUUUUGUAAGCAUGUAUUUUUCGUGUUUAUCAUAGGAGUUGCUAAAACCUAAGUUUAUUUUUAUAAAUGAGGCCCCUUAAGGGGUUUUUUAACAUAUUUAUGUCUAUUCAUUUUAAAAUGAAACUAAAUUGGUAAACCAUUUAUAGAUUAUCGAGUAAGUAAGGAUGUGUUUCAUUUAGAGAAUCGCUUUAACCUCGUUUUCCAUGAUGACCGUAGUGGGACGAAGAUCUUGUAGUUUUCAGCACGUGUCAAUUACUGUCAAUCAAAGUCCACGUGGUACAAAUAAACGAUAUAAGAUUAUUCAGGUUUGUACGACCCUUGAAUUUCCGGAAGCUCAUAAUUAC